AAGAAAAAGGGAAGUGCUGCACCGAUCUUUGUCAAGGGUCAACCUUCUAUGAAAAAAAAUUAAUGCUCAACCACAAAGAAAGCAUGACCGCGGGCCAUUGCCAAUCUUUAUUCUCUUGCUGUCCAUCACAUCUACACAAUCCCAACCAUUGUCAGUCUUCGAUUCCAGCUCCCAAAAACCAUUUGAUUCUUUUAGCCUGCUGCUUCAUUUGAUUCACCCAGUUUAUUCAUGUUUAUAAUCACUAACAACAACUAUGUUUUCUGUUAUCCCCACGUUCCAACUGGGGCAUUGAAAAUCUUUCUCCCAUUUCUCGUACUAAAUGAUCAUUUUACAGUCUUCUACUUCCAGUUUCGGCUUCCCUCUUGUUCCUCCACUCUGCCCUUGUAAAACCCAUCCCUCCUUGCCACCCAGGACCAAUGCUCGACCACCCAAAGCCCGGCUCAUCACUGUUUUCAUCCCCUACCGGAAACUUUGUCUUCUUGCUUGUGCAAUUUCCACUCCGAAUCCCAACAGGCUUAAUGUAAGGUUGGCUAGGAAACUUAUGGCCAAAGGGUUUUCAAAUGAGUUUGUGGAUGGGGAAAGUCAAGAAUCUUCAAUCAACAUGGGCUCAAAUUUCACUAAUUUCCAACAAGACCCCAUUGUUGACAAGUUAAGGACCCAGCUAGGAGUUAUCCACCCAAUCCCAUCCCCUCCAAUCAACCGUAACAUUGCUGGGUUAUUUGUCUUUUUCUUCUUUGUUGGGGUUGCUUUUGAUAAAUUCUGGACUUCAAGGAAAAGGAGGGGCAAAUUGGGGAGUCUAGAUGGGGAGGCAGCUAGAAUGGGAGGAGGGGUUUGGCCACAAGUUCCAACCAGUUUUUCAUUGUUCUUGGAAAAGGAUUUGCAAAGAAAAGAGUCAGUUGAGUGGGUUAACAUGGUGUUGGGGAAGCUGUGGAAAGUUUAUAGAGUUGGGAUUGAGAAUUGGAUCAUUGGGUUGCUACAACCUGUUAUUGAUAAUCUCGAGAAGCCUGAUUAUGUCCAGAGAGUGGAAAUAAAGCAGUUUUCUUUGGGGGAUGAGCCUUUGUCUGUUAGGAAUGUUGAACGUAGGACUUCUCGAAGAGUCAAUGAUUUGCAGUAUCAAAUAGGACUUCGUUAUACUGGUGGUGCUCGAAUGUUGUUGAUGUUGUCAUUAAAAUUUGGCAUUAUCCCAAUUGUUGUGCCAGUUGGUGUCCGAGAUUUUGAUAUUGAUGGAGAACUUUGGGUUAAAUUGCGAUUGAUACCAACGGAACCUUUUGUUGGAGCUGUUUCAUGGGCUUUCGUUUCACUUCCAAAGAUCAAGUUUGAGUUAUCACCAUUUCGCUUGUUUAACUUGAUGGCAAUUCCUGUCCUUUCAAUGUUUUUGACAAAACUUCUUACUGUGGACUUGCCUCGACUAUUUGUACGCCCAAAGAAGAUUGUUCUGGAUUUCCAAAAAGGGAAAGCAGUUGGCCCUGUUGCAAAUGAUUUAAAAUCUGGAGAAAUUCAAGAAGAAAAAAACAAGGAUUUUGUUGGAGAACUAUCUGUGACUCUUGUAGAUGCCAGGAAACUUUCUUAUGUUUUUUAUGGCAAAACUGACCCAUACGUUGUUCUAAGCCUGGGGGAUCAAGUUAUACGCAGUAAAAAGAACAGUCAAACUACUGUAAUUGGGCCUCCUGGCAAACCAAUUUGGAAUCAGGAUUUUCAUUUACUUGUGGCAAACCCUAGAAAAGAAAAACUAUGCAUCCAAGUGAACGACUCCCUUGGGUUCACUGAUUUGACAAUUGGUACUGGAGAGGUGGAUCUGGGCACUCUUCAGGACACUGUUCCGACAGAUAAGAUUGUGGUCUUGCAAGGAGGUUGGGGACUGCUCAGAAAGAGAUCUUCAGGAGAAAUAUUGCUUCGAUUGACGUAUAAAUCUUACGUUGAGGAUGAAGAAGAUGACACAACUGCGGCAGGAUCUGUUGAUACCGAUGCUUCAGAUGAUGAGUUGUCUGAUUCUGAUGAAUCAAAUGUGCCAUAUGAGCAGGCUGUAAAGCAAUAUACAGAUGAAACAGACAAAGAGUCAUUUAUGGAUGUUCUAGCAGCUUUGAUUGUGAGUGAGGAAUUUCAAGGCAUAGUAUCAUCUGAACCAGGGAGCAAACUUUUUGAUGACAUCUCAAGAACAGGGCCUCUGAAAACGAGAUCAAGUGGUGUGAAUGGAGAACCUGUUCCAUCAGAUUCUGAUACAAGUUCUGAAGCAUCUGGAGGAUCAACCCUAUUCUGGUUUGCUGUGAUUACCAGUACAUUAGUGCUAAUUGCACUCAAUAUCGGUGGCUCGAGUCUCUUCAACCCUUAAUAUCACCUAGCUAAGUGUUACUGCUUCUGCUUGAUCAAGUUUUCGGCCAUCCUUUUUUUUAUUCAAAGGAAUUAUAGCCCGGAACAAGAGAAGGAAUUGCAAGUACUGCAAAUCCAAUAUCGGCUUCUUCCGAAGUA